GCAAAGAGCAAGGAGUUCGUUAAGCAAAGCAAGCAUUUCGUUAAGCAAGCAGUUACUAGCAAAGAGUUCGAUCGAAAAUGUUGUCAAUAUCUCAAGUUUGUCACAGUGUUGGGUCUGAGUUCUACUCAUCUCUUUGUGGAAUGCCAGAUGGAGAGCUAGACAAGAUCAUCAAAUCUCUUGAAUUUGAGAAUCAACAGCAUGCCAAAGUGAUUGCCAAGGAGGAGCAGAACAUCAUUGCUAUAGAAGGUGCAUUGGAAAAGAAGCAGAUGGCCUUCAUAGAUAUACAGCAAGAGAUAUCUGAGAUUGAUGCAAAUACAAAGCGUACCUACAAGCAGUUCACGCACAAUCGAGACCGCAUUGAAAGCUUGAAGAAUGAUACAGAGUUGCUCGUCAGACACGAAAAGACACUGAUUCAGCAGCUGGAGCAGAUGAAGCAGAGCAGUGAACAGGAGCUUAUAGAGCAACAGAAGGUUGUGGAGCACUACACUGCUGUGGCAUUAGACUAUGAGCAAAAGUACCAGAGCUCACCAUUUGCUCAGCAACUGCAGAAGAAAGUAGAAGCAGUAACUUGUGUUGAGGAGCAGGUGAAAUGUAACGAGGACCAUCUUAACCGGGUUAAAACUCUUAUAGAGGCUUUGAACUUGUCAGACUUGCCAUUUAAGGAUAUGAGCAAUAUGAUUGUCAAAGUUGCUGCAUUGAGAAUUGACACUGUUUCAAUUGAAUCUGCAAUAUGGAAGCAGAAGUCUGUGUGUGAAGCCACUAGAUUUAAGAUUGACAACAUGAUGGCUAAAAAGAACUCAGAUUUGCAGCUACUGGAGCAGAAGCAACGCCGUCUACAAUCGGUUGCAGAUCAGCUGAAAGCAGAGAAGGAAAAUAUGCAGGCCAGGAUAAAAGAGGCAGAGAAUCUUGCCCAGUCAGACAAAGUGGUAGCACAGAGAGAACUGAAUGCUCAAGCAGCAGAGAGUAGCAACUUGGGAAGCGGAAGUCUUGAAGACAUGCAGACAAGCAUUCAGCAGAUGUCUAGUGAAAUGGUUCCUGUUUCAGGGUCUCUAAUGUCCAAGCAGUGUACUUCCCAGGGUAGCACUCCACGAGCUAGCAUUCUUCAGCUUAUUGUUCCACAGCUUGGCACUCAAAGCUCUAAUAUUCCACAGCUUAACGUUCUACAGCCUAGCAUUCCAGAACCUAGCAUUCUUCAGCAUAAUGUUCCACAGCCUAGCACUCCACGAAUUAGCAUUCCACAGCUUAAUGUUCCACAGCGUAACACUCCACGACCUAGCAUUCCACAGAUUAAUGUUCCACAGCCUAGCACUCCAGAACCCGGCAUUCUUCAGCAUAAUGUUUCACAGCCUAGCACUCCACGAAUUAGCAUUCCACAGCUUAACACUCCAAGACCUAGUAUUCCACAGAUUAAUGUUCCACAACCUAGUACUCCACGGCCUAGUAUUCCACAGUUUAAUGUUCCACAAUCUAGUACUCCACGGCCUAGUAUUCCACAGUUUAAUGUUCCACAAUCUAGUACUCCACGGCCUAGUAUUCCACAGUUUAAUGUUCCACAACCUAGUAUUCCACAGUUUAAUGUGCCACAGCUUAGCACCCCACAGAUUAAUGUUCCACAGAGUAGCACUUGUCAAUCAAGCACGCCUCAACCAAACACACAGCAACUCGGCCACAUCUAG